GCAGCGGAGCAGAGGAGCAGGAGGGGGAGCAGAGGAGCAGAGGAGCAGGAAAUAAACCCAGUAAACAGACAUCAGUCAGCUGGAAGCAGGAGGGUGAGGAGGAGGAAACAGCAGCCAGAGAGGCGGAAGGAACAUCAUGGCGCUGAUCCCCUGUCAGGUCCUCCGGGUCGCCAUCCUGCUGUCUUAUUUCUCCAUCCUCUGCCACUACCGAGCCCUGGACAUGCCGGCUCACCAGACCUACGGAGGCAGCUGGAAGUUCCUCACCUUCAUCGACCUGGUGAUCCAGGCAGUGUUUUUCGGCUUGUGCGUCCUGAUCGAUGUGUCCAGCCUGCUGACCAAAGGAGCCGACAGCAGGGAGCAGGAGCGGCAGCUGAAGAAGCUGAUUGGCCUGAGGGACUGGAUGAUGGCCGUGCUGGCCUUCCCCGUCGGCGCGUUUGUAGUUUUUACCUUCUGGAGCCUCUACCUGUACGACAGAGAACUGGUCUACCCAAAACUCCUGGAUAACUUCAUCCCACAGUGGCUGAACCACGGCAUGCACACCACCGUUCUUCCCUUCAUCAUCAUCGAGAUGAGGACAACCCACCACAAAUAUCCCAGAAGGCCUUGGGGUCUGGCGGCCGUGUGCUGCUUCGGUGUGGGCUACGUUCUCUGGACGUGCUGGGUGCACCAGGUGACGGGGGUGUGGGUGUACCCGGUGCUGGAGCGCGUCGCGCCGCUCGCUCGAGUCCUCUUCUUCGGCGCCAUGACGCUGGUCAUCUGCGUCCUCUACGUCUUCGGAGAAAUCCUCAACGGCUACAUCUGGGACCACCUGCACACAGAAAAGGUUAAAGGGGAGUGACGUCUGGACGAGCUUCAGAGGACGAGCCGGACCAGAACAGACGGAGACAUGACGCCUGUGUUUUAUUUAUUUCAAUGGUAAAAAGCAGCUUUGUUCCGUCAGCCGAAGAACCGCAACGUUAACCGAUCAUAGGACACAGACACUUAAACGCACCGUUCAGACGGGGAAACACACAAACGCCUCCUGAGCUCCUACAGAACAUCUGAAUGUCAGAGAUGUGUUGAAGGAACCCCGACGCUGUUGGAAGGACAAAAUAAAGUCCCCUCAGUCCCGA